AGGGGCGUAGAAAGGAGGCCAUAUUGUACAGUUAAAUUGAAAGGAAGAAAAUAAUUAAUUGUAUUAUUUUAGACUGGGAACCGUCCAGUCGAAGUAAUUUUUUAAAUAAACACCCGUGCAGGCUGCGUAAAUAAUAUACCGAUCGAUAAUCGGUGGUCAUCGAUAAAUCACUGGAAAAACUGUGACGCUUUUGUAGAUAAAUACAGAGGCAGCGACGUCGGAAUAUUUCUUGCGUGUCCGUGAACGGAGGUAGAGGAACAAACGUCGUCGUCGUCCGCAACGAAACCAAGGGAGGAGUUCGUCGCUACCGCGGAGAUGGGGACUCGAGACGACGAGUACGAUUAUUUAUUCAAAGUGGUCCUAAUCGGAGACUCAGGAGUAGGAAAGAGUAACUUGCUCUCACGCUUCACACGUAAUGAGUUCAACCUGGAGUCAAAAUCUACCAUAGGUGUUGAGUUUGCUACGCGCAGUAUAGAAGUAGACAGCAAGACUAUCAAAGCUCAAAUAUGGGACACUGCUGGACAAGAACGUUACCGAGCUAUUACCUCAGCGUACUACCGCGGAGCAGUCGGAGCAUUAUUGGUCUACGAUAUAGCGAAACAUUUGACGUAUGAAAAUGUGGAGAGAUGGUUGCGAGAACUUCGGGAUCACGCAGAUCAGAACAUAGUGAUUAUGCUUGUGGGCAACAAGUCUGACUUAAGGCACUUACGAGCAGUUCCUACUGACGAGGCAAAGGCAUUUGCGGAGAAGAAUGGCCUCUCUUUCAUCGAAACAUCCGCCCUGGAUUCGACCAAUGUUGAACUCGCUUUCCAGAAUAUCUUAACAGAAAUCUACAGAAUCGUUUCUCAGAAACAAAUUAGAGAUCCUCCUGAAGGUGACACUAUCCGGCCGCAAAACGUAGAGCCAAUCGACGUUAAACCGACGAUGAAUGCUGAUGGAAUGCGCAAGCAGUGUUGCCAGUGACUCGCCUUACUGCUUUCUAUAAGCGGUUACAUGGUGGGCUGGAGGGAGAGAGUGGUGACUGGUGGUAGGUACAGCGGGUGCGUGGUAGGACGUGGACUAAGACUAUAUGGUCGAUCUUGUAUAGGCGUAGAUCUUUUUUUGGUCUAUUGGUUUAAAAGGCAGAAAAAGAUGCAAUCCUCCCAAAAAAGCGACGUACAAGAUAAAGAAUACACCGUGGCCGGCACACCAUUCUGCCCUCUAUUUAAAUUUGUCUUAUUUACUACUAUACAUAUACAUAUAUAUACACAUAUAUAUCUACACUAUUAUACAUAUAUGUAUGUAUAUAUAUAUAUAUAUUACGUUAUGAUAAUUAAAUGUUGUAUUACCGCUUCUUUGUAAUACAUAUAUAAUUAUUCUUCUCUACGCAUAGUGUGAUGAUCACGAGUACAUAUACUAUAAACAAUUUAUAAAUAAUAACACAAUUAUGAUGAUAAUUGUGCAGAGCAGACGUCGUAAUAGAAAUACUAAAUAUCAAUAAAGAAGAAACGACGAAGAUGGGAAUGACUCCAUGUUGAUCACUACUUGCUCUCGCGCGCACGUAGUAGAAUUAAAAUAAAAUGAUACGCGCAAGCACUAAACUGUAUGCUUUUCGAGUUUAUUUUUACAAACAGCUUCGUGUCCAGAAUCGUGUGAAAUAUCUAUCAAUUAAAAAAGAAAAAACAAAGGUAAAAAACAAUGAACAAUUUCACGUAGAUAUUUAAAUUUAAUUUAAGAAUGCGACCAGGAAGAUAUUUUGAGUGUGUACAGAUAAGUGAUGGAUUGGUUUGAUACGCGUGUAGACGCGUUGCGGAUUGCGGGAACCAUCUUUGUCGUAAAAUAGAAUGACUUGAAGUGAAUGAAAUAAAUCGAAGCAAAGGCAACAGCGAAUAAAAUCGUUGUGGAAAUUGAUAUGUCUAGACUUCGCGCACUACACGAGAGAUUAACAAAUCCUAAUUAUUAUACGAAACAUGCUUUAGAAGAAAUGAAGGAAAAAAAUCUUGAAAAAAAAAAAUGAAGAAAUUAAACACACUGUUAUGAAAACCUUA